GGAUUUACCGUUAGACAAGCUAUCCUACUCAGUCAGGCAAGCAGAACCAGUGUGUGUGGAAGUCUGUACUAAGCCCACUCCACCAAUCAGAGAAGACAGGUGGGUUUGUGUACAGUGUUCGUGGAGAAAACGGACGUGUUAGGUCCCGGAUACAAUUGAGAAUUACUUGGGAUCACCACGAACUGAUGGGAUGCACAGAACAGCCCUAUAACACUACCAUGACGUGAGCCGGGCCUGAUCGAGUCCGCGCUAUCUGGCUGUGUGUCUACCUAUAACUUACUCUACCUGUGCGGGAUUUUUACCUUCCAUUGUUUUGGGGUCAACCGCAGUCAGAAUGGCGGCUAGACGUGUGAUCAGCCCCAUACUCAAGUACUUUCUGUUCUUUGUCAAUUUUAUAUUUUGGCUGGCCGGCCUGGGCCUGAUGAUCAUCGGUGCAUGGGUACUGAACGAGAAGCAGAAGGAGGUGAGGGAUGCCUUGGAUUUCUUCCUCGACCCGUCCUGUGUCAUGUGCCUCACUGGUUCUGUCACCGUCUUCCUCGCCAUGGUCGGCGGCAUGGGCGCCCUCCGGGAAAACCAAAUACUUCUGAAAAUUUACCACUAUACUUUAUCCACCAUCUUGCUGGGAGAGAUUGUCCUGGCUGUCCUUUUGUUUGUGUUUUACUAUGUCCCUGAUGCCAGAACAAAGCUUCAACUCUUCCCAGAAAAAACCUUCAACGACGCCAUCGUUAAGUAUAGAGACGACGAUGAUAUGAAAGACCUAAUAGAUACGAUACAAGAAGGGCUGCAGUGCUGUGGUCUGUCAAAUACUGAUGAAGGCUACAAGGAUUGGAAUAAAAAUAUUUAUUUUAACUGCACGGAUGACAAGUCAGUGAUCGUGUCGUCAGAGAGCUGCUCCGUUCCACCAUCUUGUUGUAUUAGAAAAGCCGGGGAUCUCAUAAAUCUCCAGUGUGGUGCAAAUGCCCUGAAGCAGGAAUCUUCCAAGAUAGGAAACACUAUUUACACGGACGGAUGUAUUAAGGCACUGGGCACGUGGAUAGAGGCGCAUGCGCUGGUAGUAGGUGGAAUAGCGCUUGGCAUCCUUCUACCACAGGUUGUCCUCAUUUGCUUGACGAGGAAUUUCGACGACCAAAUCAGCGCCCAAAAGUCAAUGUGGAAACGGAGAUGAUGUUAGCGCACAAGUUGGAAAUGAUACUUGUCCCUACAACAAUUUUUAUGUAGCGUCACAAGAUUUUGAUUUUAUCAGUAUUUCAUUCUGUUGACGGUGAAACGGUGUUUGAAAAAACACUGAAUCAGUCUAAUUCCUGAGUAUUUGCUCUCUGUGACAUUUCAGGAACACUCACUUCAAGGUUUUCUCUGCUUUGUCCGAAAACGUACUCACCAGACCUAAAAGAGCUAAACAUUUAGAUCAAAUCUCCCAAUCCCAUUGAAACAACUAUGCAGUAUGCCUAUAUUUUGAUUGAAAUGUACAGACACUUACUUUAAUUUUGAAUCACUAUCGCCUAUAUAGUGACGGUGCUAAUUUUGUCAGCAUUACGCCUCACUGAAUUGUUCAGAGGGUAAUUCUGAGGACUGAGGAUUCUAUAGGUUGGAACUUUGUUUAUCCAUAUAUCCCAUGGAAAGCAACUUCAUGUAUCCACUGAAUCCCAGAACUAUCCCAUGUAUCAUCUCAACCUCACAACACCGCUCAAAUAAGUCUUCGCCGUGAUAGACGUCAUCAGACGUUGGCCUCGUCCAAAGUGUAUCAUGUACAGAUUUCAAGGCCUUCCCUACUCUCUUAUUUCUGGUGUAAUUCUGUUUUUACACCAGAGAGCUAUUUGAAGCUACACUUCCAAACUUUUAAGCACUUUUAACCAUGAAGUGUGGUGCAACUUAGUAAGGACUGCAUAUAAUUUCCAAAGCUAACUAGUUGCGCGCCCUUGAAUGAGUCUGUUCAGGGGCAUACUGUUCCAUUCUGCAUUCUAGUUGUCUCCGUAGCUUGUGAACAGUUAGGAGGUAAUCAAUGUAAGAUAAGGUAAAAGUUAUAAUAUUUUGCUUCAACGAUUUUGUCAAGUAUGCAUGGGAGUAUUACGUUUAGUUUGGUCUAUGUUACACUCUGAAACAAAUUUACGUUGUGAAAAUGAUUGUUGGCUAUAUCCGCAAAAAUCCUAGAUGAUUUCAAAUUCAUUCUAUAUGUUGGUAAAUGUAUGCAUGUAAACCUAGUGCCUUUUGCAGUUAACCUACACACGUGUUUUGUGUAAAUAUACCUAUAUGCAGAAAACCACUUAUACGUGGAACGCUGUGAAAUUGGGGGAAUUCCGCCAUUCUACAGUAGUAUAGCCUUGUCCAAAAACCUGGCAUCACUCGAUUCAGUGCCACUGAGAGCCUUACAGCAUGUCUGUCUGCAAGCACUCCGGUUACUUACUAUCACUUCACGGCAUAAAUGUUUCUUCAUAAUGAGCAGCUCAGUAUGUGCAAAAGAUGAAACCGUAAAUUAAGAGCAAGUUCUUUUCGUCCAGUAUAUUUUAUAGACAUGGUUGAUAUAUGAGAAAGUUUAAAGUGUAAGUAACAUUUAGUAGUGUUUUUGCGUGUUUUGUCUUACACUUGCGAAUUAAUGUUGUCUCUAGUUCUUAAGGUAGUCCAGUUUUAAGUUAUCUUAAACCAGUUGACCACAAUUUUUAAGUUUUAUUAUUUGUUUGUGUUUUUAAUUAAUUUAAUUUUUUUAUUUGGUUGUUCAUAUGUUUUAUUGAUGAACCAUAAAGGGUCUAAUUUAGUUCUUGAGCUAAAACUGUUAAUAGUCAAUCUAAUAAUUACAUUCAUUCUAGUGUUUCUGUCUCUUGUAUUUCUGCUUUUCCCCUAAUACCUUUUGUCUCAGUACAGGAAGCACCUGUAUGAUGUUUAACGGUCCUCUACCCUAUAUCCCGAUGCAGGAAACACGUGUAGCGUUCAACUCACGUACAAUAUCCCCUAUAUCCCGAUGCAAGAAACAUGUGUAGCCUUCAACUCACGUCCAAUAUAUCCUAUAGCCCAACGCAGGAAACACGUGUAGCCUUCAACUUACAUACCAUAUACCCAAGACCCCGAUACAGGAAACACGUGUAGCCUUCAACUCUCGUACAAUAUACCCUAUAUCCCGAUGCAAGAAACACGUGUAGCCUUCAAGUCACGUACAAUAUAACCUAUAUCCAUAUGCAGAAAACACAAGUAGGCUUCAACUCACAUACAGUAUACCCUAUAACCCGAUGCAGGAAUCGCGUGUAGCCUUCAACUCGCAUACAAUAUACCCUAUAUCCCGAUGCAAGAAACACGUGUAGGCUUCAAGUCACGUACAAUAUACCCUAUAGCCCGAUGCAGGAAACACGUGUCGUCUUAAUCUCUAGCCUAAAAUAUCUUCUAUCUAAAUAUUUUCUUCUAAAACGAAGCUAAACGCUGCAGUUGAUAUUGCUUCUAUGCCGUAGAUUGUACUGUCUCGCCGUGUAUGUAUAAACUCACGGGAACAGCAUUAUGCGCUUGAAAAGCUCAAACUAUAACAACUAAAAAGUAUUCUUAACGUUGUGGUGCUUCAGCUUGUUUUACUGAAUGGGUUUCUUUUACUGUGUGGUUUGUUUUGUAAUAAUAAAACAGUAUAAUAAUUAAUUAAUAUACAUUGAUUUAUUUGUAGACGUGUAUUUAGGUGUAUACAUCCGGUUUGUUAUAGAUUUAUAUUUCUUUAGUUAAACUGUAUAAAUGUCAUAUGGUUUCACUGUCUUAAUUUUAGAUCGAUAACGCUUACCCUCUAAGGGCGGCGAAUCUUGUAAAUUGCUCCACAGAUAUGUUCAUCCAUGUUGUCUGCUAUUCUCUGGUUGGAUAAAGGGCUGAAUUUUUGUAUCAAUUGCGCGUCAUCUUAUUUUCUUGUUUUUUUUUUCAUCUUGCUCAAGCAAUUUUUUUUCUGUCAGGAUUAUAAAGUUUUAUUCUUCGUUCUUUAUUCUGAUUUUAUUUUUAUUCCAUGAUGAUGAGUCUGCCCGAGAAGUUCAGUAAAUGACGAAGGCGAUUUACAUCUCCAAUUCGUUACUCCAGUGGUACUCUUCAUAUUUAGAUGAUGUCUCAGUAUUUAUACUGAUUGUAUAUUUACAAACCCUUGAGUUUAGAUUUAAUUGUGAAAAAAAGAAACAAAACAAAAAGAAACUCUCAUCUACGCAUCUAUUCCAGUGCCUCGAUUACAUCAAUAUGGGAAUCCCUAUUUCUGUCGGUUUAACGAUGGACUUGCAAUAUAUUUCUUGUAAAAUGUAAUCCAUUCCACUUUAGCACGUACCGAAGAACGUGUUAUCUGUUCAGAUGUAUAAUACUUUUAUUACUCUUUGAAAUCACUUAUUAUAAAGGCCCUGAUGUCCUUUAUAUAAUAUACAAAAUUUAUUGUGAUAUGUAGGUAUGCAACUACAUGAAUGAAAUAAACUUUUAUAUUUGAAACA